AUGAAGUUUCUUAAAUUAAUAAUUGUCCUUGUCAUCACAUUCCUCGGCAAUUUCGCUUUUGCAGAUGAAAUAACGAGGGAAUCGCAACAGCUUACAGUAAUUCCUCCUGCUUUCAGCAUAAAGACAUUCUUAAACGUAAGCGCUUCGGGUUGUCCUAGCUACUAUUAUUUAUGUGCUAACGGAGUAGGUUGUUGCCCCGUGGGUGCUGCUUGCCUCCCAGACUAUAAAUGCGACGUUAAAUGUACCUCUAAAGAUAUACCUUGCGGUGAUGGUUGCUGCCCUAGCACUCAAUCUUGUGGCCCAAAUGGAUUGUGUCAAAAAUUAACUUGCCCUAGUGGUUAUUAUGGAUGCACGGAUAGUUCGGGUGGUUGUUGCCCGAACGGCUAUAGUUGUGUGCCUAAUUACAAAUGCCAGCCGAACUCUAAUUCCAAUACGUACGAUCCCUAUACGUAUUCACCGGACUAUAUUACGAGCACCACGA